AAAAAUAAACAUACCUAGUGGACCAAUAUGCAAACUGCACCCCUAAAGCUGUAUUCUCCCACCCGACGGCCGACGCGAUGGCCGCCGCCGCCGCCGGAGAGACUCCGCCGCUGCAGGCGAACUACGUCUUCGGGAGGGCAUGGCCGGAUCUCAACGAAGGACUCUCCUACACCGAUACGUUCUGCGGCGCUGAUGCGGAAACCACCGCCUCCUUGAUCAACUUCUACUCCGAGAACUACAAGAGCUCGGCGCCAUUGCCAGGGUGGAUUCAUAGGAUUCGCAAUGGACAGAUAACGGUUGAUGGCCAAGUUGUCACUGAUCCAGAUAUGAUUCUCAGGGAGGGUUCUAAGUUGGUAUAUCAUCGCCUCGCAUGGAAGGAGCCAUUUGCACCACAUUUGCUUCAAGUGCUUUAUGAAGAUGACGACAUGGUCGCCCUUAACAAGCCUUCCGGUUUGCAAGUUCUGCCAAAAGGAAUCUUCCAGCAGCGCACUGUUCUAGCACAGCUUCAGUGGAAAGAGUGGAAGAUGCCCCCAUCAAGCUGCUCUAAGAGAAAAAAUGUGCAGUUACAUCCUGUACCUGUUCAUCGAUUAGGAAGGGGCACGUCAGGUCUACUGCUUUGUGCCAAGACAAAGCUUGCCAAAGUUCAACUUGCAUCUUAUUUUGCAGAAGGUGCUGCAAAUGCAGAGAAGAAAAGGGAUGGAACUGAGGUUGGCAAAGAACGGAAAAUUUCAAAAUUCUAUCGAGCAUUAGUAACUGGUAUACUUGAACACGAUGAGGAUGUGGUUACUCAACCCAUAGGAUUGGUUCAUUACCCUGGAGUUGCAGAGGGACUUUAUGUGGCAUGUUCCUCAGGGAAGCCAGCCAUGAGCAAAGUGUGUGUUCUUGAGAGACUUGCGCACCAAAAUCAAACGCUGGUCCAGGUUGAAAUUCAUUCAGGACGGCCUCACCAAAUCCGAAUACACCUUGCAUACAUUGGACACCCUCUUGUUGAUGAUCCUCUCUAUUGUAUUGGUGGGCAGCCUAAAUUUCAUGACCUGGAAUCUACUAGUACGGAUAUUUCUUUUGCAUAUGACGGAGGUUAUGAGAGGCCUUUACAGCCUGUUCCCGGGGACUGUGGGUAUCACUUGCAUGCUCAUUGGCUGGUCCUCUCUCAUCCAACCACGAAUAAGAUGCUGAAGAUAACCGCCCCUCUGCCGCAUAUCCUACAAACUCGAGAGGAGCGUUGCGAUCCACAAGUUGAUACUUGAGCUCAUAACUUUCCAUUUGAAAGUAUGUGCAUCCAAUGAGUUGAGCACUCAGUAAGAGUUCACAGGUCAUGUUUUACAAGCCUGUGGAGAUGGAGGCUAUUGAACGCUAACGUCCGCAUAUGAGGUGUUGAGUGUAUCUUACGGACUGUCAGACUGAGUUUUUGCGUGUGGGGCAGCGUGGACAAUACAGGAAAUGGUAUUGCUGAGUUUAAAUGGUCACUGGACGCUUCUGAGGGGGAACCAUGAGGAACAUUUGUGUUAGAUGAUGGAACAGAGUAAACUUUUCAGGUCACUGCGUCUGAAGAUGCAUGCACACAGCCAAAGGAUGGACUAACUGCUGUGCGUGCGUGUGUGCGCGUGAGCGUGUGUGUUCGUGUCGUAUAUAUGCACACAGCAAUCAAAAUUCAUUAGAAUUUUGGCUAAGAUUAUCAUCUGCAAGCAUGUAAACUACUCCCUCCGUCCCAUUAUAUAAGAACGUUUUUUA